AUGUUACACACACACACAUGCCCAAACACCCGCAGGGCAAUGUCCUAACAAAUACUCUCUCUUUCUUGGGUGAUCUUGCUGCACUCUUCUCAUCUCGUCGAUUAAAAUGGAGGACAACGGAAAUAAUGCUGGCUUUUUUGAGAGUACUUAUAACAAACUGACUUAUCCUGAGGACAUUAGUGAAGAUGACCACUCUUUCAACUUGAACCAGGAGAGGCAACAAGUGUCCCUGUCCACAAUGGGGCCUGGAUCCUGUUUAAAUCGUUACAAAGUGCUUGCAGUGAGCCUGGCAGUGCUCGCUGCCUUUCUGCUGGCAGUUGAUAUUGGCCUGGGAGUCUACUACUACAGACUUACUUAUGGGAACCAUUUAGUAACAGACAUCAGCACUGAGAUUGCCAAAUUGCAGGCUACUUACAACGCUGCACUCCAAAGCAAGACUGAAGCCAAACAGGAGGUGGCGAAAGAGAUCAAGUCACAGCAAAUUACCAAGUGGGAGCUUGAUCAUCUGAACAGAAGGAAAAAAGAUACCGAAAAACUAAUAGACAGAACUGAAACGGAAAUAGCGAUGUUGGAAUCCCACAUGCCAAUGCUCAAAGAGGGCUGCAGACAGUGUUUGCCAGGCUGGACUGUCAUUAAUUCCAUGUGUUACUUCUUCGCUUUAUCUGAGGAACUCUCACGGAGAUCAUGGAUGGAUGCCAGACAUUUCUGCAAGAGGCAAGGAAGCGACUUAUUGGUGAUCAACAGCAGAGAGGAACAUAUGGCCCUUGCUGAAAUUGUAAAAAUGUCUCGAGACCCCUCGAGAUCGCUUGCCCACAGUGGAUUCUGGAUUGGACUGAGAGAUGCAGAUGUGGAAGGAAGUUGGACAUGGUUGGAUGGGACAAGGGUGGAAGAGGGGUACUGGGAUAUUGGAGAGCCUAACAACCAAAACAAUGAAGACUGUGCUGCUAUGUAUCCCAGAGAAAACCCCUUUCAUUCAUGGAACGAUGCUCCAUGCAACUGGAACCUGAAAUGGAUUUGUGAGAGGACACCAAGACCUUUUAGCUCUAGCUUAAAUGUUUAAACAGAGUCAAGUCUGGCUUUAAGGCAUGGACGUGUCUUCUGAACUUUUUUUUUUCUUUAUUGUCAUGUCUUUUGCAAGAGACUACAAAAUGUCCAAGAAGAUUAAAAUAAGAAAAAUACAUCUGAGUUAUAAAGGCAUCUACAAAAUGUAUGCAAAUUCUGUAACUGUUACAAAUAAAACCUUUACUAUGUACACAUAUUUUACCACUGUACAGAUUUGUACACUAACAUGCCAGUGUUUCAGGAAAACCUUUACAUGCCCUCUAAAGGUCAUGUUAGUUAGAGCCCAAACUUUUACCAUUUAAUGGGCUAUGACUGAAACACUUGACCUAGACAUUUUAGACCUAGCGUUGCAUCAACUACAGCCUUUUGAAACUCUACUGAAAUAAGAGUUUUACAGAGAAGAGUGAAAAAAUCAAAGAAACAACCAAUGAGCGUAUUCUGUACACAACAAUAAGUCUACAACAGCUCAAGCUGGAAUCAAAUAAGGACGAUCACAUCACUUUUCAACACUGAAGUGUAGAAUUACAGUUAACAAUUAACACUUCAAAGGGUCACCACUCAUUUUGCUAAAGAGCUUCAAUUGUAGAUGUAUCUAAUAAACUGGCAGUUAAUAAAUAAACACAAGCCAAAAC